GACCGAUUCUCGGCGCUGGGCACCGGGCACCGAGAGCGGGCACUGAGAAGGAGCGCGGGGCAGCGGAGGGGAGCCGGGAGAGGCGCGAGGGAGGGGGCUCCGCGGCGGCUGAGGUGGGGGCUCGCCUCUGGAGGAUGGCUUCAGUGACGGAUGGUAAAACUGGAGUCAAAGAUGCCUCUGACCAGAAUUUUGACUACAUGUUUAAGCUGCUUAUCAUUGGCAACAGCAGUGUUGGCAAGACCUCCUUCCUCUUCCGCUAUGCUGAUGACACAUUCACCCCAGCCUUCGUUAGCACUGUGGGCAUCGACUUCAAGGUGAAGACCGUCUACCGUCAUGAGAAGCGAGUGAAACUACAGAUCUGGGACACAGCUGGGCAGGAGCGGUACCGGACCAUCACAACAGCCUAUUACCGUGGGGCCAUGGGCUUCAUUCUGAUGUAUGACAUCACCAAUGAGGAGUCCUUCAAUGCUGUCCAAGACUGGGCUACUCAGAUCAAGACCUACUCCUGGGACAAUGCACAAGUUAUUCUGGUGGGGAACAAGUGUGACAUGGAGGAAGAGAGGGUUGUUCCCACUGAGAAGGGCCGCCUCCUUGCAGAGCAGCUUGGGUUCGAUUUCUUUGAAGCCAGUGCAAAGGAGAACAUCAGUGUAAGGCAGGCCUUCGAGCGCCUGGUGGACGCCAUUUGCGAUAAGAUGUCUGAUUCAAUGGACACAGACCCCUCGAUGCUGGGCUCCUCCAAGAACACGCGUCUCUCGGACACCCCGCCACUGCUGCAGCAGAACUGCUCAUGCUAGGCAAGGCCCACCUUCCUGACCUCCCAUCAUUGUGGCCCCACACCCAGUCUGCUUCUCUCUGUUACACACUGUCCACUCUCAGCCCUGAGCAAGAUGAAUUGCUGCUAUUCUUUGCCUGCCCCUGGGGUUCUCUGCAGAAGGUCCCAGUAAUAGAUACUCAGCACUAGACUAACAGAACAGGUCACUACACGGGUGGAGAUUCACUCUACAAAAGAAGACUCUGUUUUACGAAGGGGAUUCACUACAGGGACUUAGAAAGCAGUCUCUUCUCUGCUUUUAAAAUAAGAGUUCCUCCAUUUAUCAAGAUUUCACACACACACACACACACACACACACACACACACACACACUCUCUUCAGGGGCAGGCCAGUUGUAUAAAGUGAGGCUUGCCUGCAUAGCUAAUCCUAUUAAAGACAACUUCCCAAAGCACAGCGUGCUUGUUUCAUAUUGGGCUCCCUGUGGGGCUUUCGCUCACUACGAGUAAAGCUUGGUCUCUCAAAGACCUGUGCCUGUUACAUCAGAUGCCCACAGGGCCUGGGCAGUUGCUGUGGUGACAGGCAGAGCUAAUCUUCAGAGAGCUCAGACUCUCUAAUGAUGCUGAUGGAGCAAAGGCUGAGUCAGAAACACACUUAAGAGAAAAAAGAUUAUCCCCUGCAAAAUGUCAGAAGCUCCUGUUAUAUGAAAGAGCAGGCAAGUAAGCUUAAGAAAGACAAAGAGAAAGAGAAAAAGAAAAAGAGAAACACGGGCAAGAUCAAGAAACAGAUUGCUGCUUUUCCAGUGGGUUCUUAACUGUGGGAACUUAGUGAAAUUGGUUAUUGAUUCUUAGACUCGUAGAACCUGAGGAUUUUAGAGUUGAUGGGAUUCCCAAAUUUACCUAGUCUGGCUAGUCAAUUCUAACUUUCCUUUUUCUGACAAGUGACUGUCAAGCCUAACAACCAAAUCUCUUUCUUCUACAGCACACCUUCUAAGCAGGGACAGGAGCUCAUUUUCCACACCAUCUUGGUCAACUCUCAUAGAAUUUUCCUUGCUUCAAGCUCAACUCUGCCUCCUGGAAAUUCUUCUUCUUCCCACCCUAUUGGUACCAGCUCUGCUGUUAGAGACUUCACAGUCUCUGCUCCCUCUGCCCUGUGACACCCUCAGACUACUUGAGAACAGGAAUCAUGACUCCUGGGAUUUGCCUUUUCUCUAGGUCAAAUACCUCUAUAAUUCCACCUGCUGUUCUCCAUAGGGUCUUCUCUCCAUCCUGCCCCUUUCCUCCAAUCUAUCUUUUAAUUGUUCCUGAGCAGUCUAACUGAGAAGUAUGAUUCAAAGAAAAAUAAAUCUAAGGUAUCAUGACCCUGAAAAAAUUGAGAAAAUUAAACUCAGAGGUCCUGAUCCCAACCCCAUUCUCCUGGGAGUGAAACCUUAGCUUUUACCAGAGAGCAUGGGAAACCACUUCUGGUGGAAGCCCCUUAAUUAAACACCUGAGGAAAAAAAGAAAAGAAACUCAGAGACCAGAAUGGAUUGUCUCAUUAUUCUAGCUUGCUUGGCCACAGGGACAUAUUUGGUUUUGGCUGAAAUAAUGACGUGGAACUGGCAAUGAUUCCAGAAAAUCUUUCUUCUUAAUCAUGGCCUGAAUCCUCAGCUACCUCAAAAAUCAGUGGCAGGGGAAGUCUCUCCCCACUUUUCUCUUCGUUUCAGAUGAGGCUCAUUGGCUUAGAAAAGUACAUUAACUAGCAAUCAGUCCAAUGACUAAAAAGGACCAUCCAGGUUGGCUGUGGCUCACACCUGUAAUCCCAGCACUUUGGAAAGCCAAGGCAGGAGGAUCAUUUGAGGCCAGGAGUUCGAGCCCAGCCUGGUCACUAUGGUGAAAUUCCAUCCCUACAAAAAAAAAAAUUAGCCAGAUGUGGUACACGCCUGUAGUCCCAGCUACUUGGGAGGCCGAAGCAGGAGGAUUGCUUGAGUCCAGGAGUUUGAGGUUGCAGUGAGCUGUAAUCAUGUCACUGCAUUCCAGUCUGUCUUCCUCUAUCUCUCUCUUUUUUAAAGAACCAUCCAGAGUCAGCUCUACAAAAGAUGUUGCUUUCUUUGAUGCCAUGCUGAGAACAGAGUUUUGGGUUUGGAGACCUGGACCCUGUCAUUAAAUCGACUGUGACUGGGCCAGUUACUCCCCAUCUUUGAGUCUUGAUUUCCUACUUAUAAAAUGAGAGAGCUUAUUUGGAUGAUCUUUAAGGUCCCUUUUGGCACUAAUAACUCGGCAACUCUUUUUUUCCACCCUCACCAUUUCAGUUGAUCCACCAAACAAACCUGAGCGAUCAGAAUUAGCAUCCCAGUGUUAUCCUGGCUGACACUGAUGUCUUGCUUACUCUGUGCUAGAAAUUGUUCCAAGCAUUUUACAUGUAUCAACUCAUUUAUCUUCCCAGCAUCUUGUGAGGGAGGCACUAAAUUGAGCCUCAUUUAAAGACGAGGAAACAAAGGUACAAAGUGGUUCUAGCCUGACCUCUAAGGUCACACCAUAAGUAAAUGGUAAAGCUGGAGUUCAAAUCCCGGCAGUGGGCUCCAAGGUCUGUGCUCUUAACCACAUUCUGGGAUGCAUCUUUUAUAGACAAACUACAAUCCAGAGAGGUUACGGGACUUGGAUCACAUACCAAGAGUGUUAAAGACCAUUAGGAUUCAAUUCCAGGGCCAUCAGAUUCCAGGUCCACUGGAGAAAAGACUUAAAUCUCUAAUCUGUUAACAAAUUGCUCAACUACUCAGACUAAUCUGAGGUGAUGGAUGUCUAAUACUCAGGAAAGGCAAGUUAGUCUCUGAGGCAACCAGAUCCCAUGGGCCUAGGUAGAAAAGCCCAGUGCUGGCUCUCCCUGUAUCUGCCUCUGCCAGGCAACACUUAACAGGCUCCCAAGCAGCGGGAGGUUCGAUGCUUCACUUUGAACAGCCUCCAUGCUCCAGCAAUGGGGCAUUUGUGAAGAGUGACUUGAUUCACUUUUCUGACCAUGAGUAGAAUAUAGUUGCUUCACAGGGCAUUGGUUCUGGGUGUGACACUGUGUCAUGGAUAAUUACUAUUUUUUUCUGAUCAUUAACACUCAUCUAGUACUAAGAUUUCAGACCAAGGUCCUCAUGACCCCUGGAUAUUUUAUUAUCUAUAUCCAAUAAUCUUUUCUCUCCUACUGAAUAUCCAGGCAAAGAUAAAAUAUUUUUCCUUAAAACUGUCAAAUUCUGUAAAAUUCAGGAGCCAGUUCAAGGGAACAAACAUAUUCACAGUAGAUGGAAUCAAGAGUUAAAUGUUAUAGUGGCAAGCUCUUCUACUGGGCAACAGACAACCAGACCUGCUUGUGAGAUGGCAGCUCCCCAGCCUUGUCUGCGACCUCAAUUCUGUUGAAUGAAAGGCAGCAGCUCAGCUGAUUGCAGCAUAGUGUUCAUCAAUCACGGUAAUAGCGCAAUUAGCCACCAAGGUUCAAGCCGCAUAAUAUGUGUUAGUGGCAACUUGUCUUGGAUUCAAUCUUCCUAAACAAUCCAAAUAAAAGAUUUUAAAACUCUUGA